AUGGGGCUCGAUUAUGCUCUGGUUCACCUCAAAUACACCAUCCCGCCCGCCAUCCUCCUGUCAGCCGUCUACGCGCCACUAUGCACCCGCCUCGACCUGUACCGCAUCGCCUUCCUCAUCUCCAUCGCCGUCCUCUCCACCAUCCCAUGGGAUAGCUAUCUCAUCCGCACCGGCGUCUGGUCAUAUCCCCCCAAUGCCGUCCUCGGCCCGACUCUCUUCGACAUCCCCCUCGAGGAAAUCUUCUUCUUCGUCAUCCAGACCUUCAACACCACCCUGCUGUAUCUAAUACUGAGCAAGCCUCUCCUCCACCCCAUCUAUCUGGUAAAGGAGAAGGUGGGGGACAAAUGGAAGUUUGUCAAGAUCGCGGGCCACCUGAGAGGCUGGGGAUGGGUCCAAAAUGGAGGCGCCCACACAUACUUGGGCCUUAUCCUCAUCUGGGCCGUACCGUUUCUCGUCUUACUAUGGUCGCUGGCGUAUCAAUUCCUUGUGCAACUCCCAUGGACCAGCACCCUCCUCCCCAUCGCUCUCCCCACACUCUACCUCUGGAUUGUCGAUACCCUGGCCUUGCGGAGAGGGACGUGGGUAAUUGAGGCCGGGACGAAGACGGGAUGGACGCUUUGGCCGGGGUUGGAGGUGGAGGAGGCGUUGUUCUUCUUCCUUACGAAUUGCCUCAUCGUCUUUGGGCUGGUGGCGUUCGACAAUGCCGUCGCCAUCAUCGACAUCUUCACCGCCCAUUUCCCGAGCCGCCAUGAACUUCCUUUGCCUAAUUUGUUGCUCAAGGCACUCUUGCUACCCGCCCGGGCAUACGAUGACGACCGGGUCCUUGGCCUGCAGCAGUCCGUUGAACGCCUGCAAAAGAAGAGCAGAAGCUUCUACCUGGCCAGCAGCACCUUCCAGCGUCGCCUGCGCAUCGAUUUGAUCUUCCUCUACUCCUUCUGUCGAGUGGCAGAUGAUCUGAUCGACAAUGCAGAGUCGCCCGCGGAAGCAAAGGAAUGGGUGCAGAAAUUGCGAAAGUACCUCGAUCUGUCGUAUGGCGGCGGAACCAAAGGCGGAGACGGAACGGCGAUUCCGGCCAACGACGUGAACCGGGGCGUGGCGACAAUGUACGUGAUGAACCAGUUUCCCCCGGAGACCUGCCUCAGCCUGAUGUUGCUCCCGACCAACCAUCUCGCCAAGGAGCCGCUCUACGAACUGCUCAAAGGCUUCGAGAUGGAUCUUGCAUUCGACAAAUACCACCCCUCCGGCCAAAUUAAAACGGAGCGAGACCUGGAUCUGUACGGUGCACGCGUGGCUGGGACCGUCGCCCUGCUCUGCAUUCAGCUCGUCCUCUUCCACUAUCCGGGCAUUCCGGAGAUGAAAGCAAAGGUGCUGAUGGCGGAUGGGCACGACAUGGGCAUCGCCCUGCAGUACACCAACAUCGCCCGCGAUCUGAAGGUCGACGCGCUGGCUGGCCGCUGCUACGUCCCCAACAGCUGGCUGAAGAAGGAAAAGCUGACGGCCGAGACUUUCAUCGUCGGUCUUAAGCUCUCCAGGCCUCCCUCGGACUUUUUCCUCCACAAGGUCGAGGUUAUCCGCAGCCGCCUACUCGAUCGGGCGUUUGAGUUCUACGAGAAGAGUGUCGACGCGAUCGAAGAGCUCCCGCCCGGUGCGCGGGCGCCGAUGAGGGUGGCGGUGGAGAGUUAUAUGCAGAUUGCGCGUGAGAUGCGCAACCCUGGAUAUGUCGUCAAGGACGGGCGGGCGACGGUGCCGGGGUGGAAACGCAUUCUCGUCGCCUGGCAGCGCCUGUAUGGGCCGAGGCGGUAG